CAAGAACAUAUUGGCAACAUCUAUCAAUUCGGAAAAAGGGACGUGAAGGUUUCAAAUGGGACUGGCCAGAGAAGACCAGAGACAUAUAAAAGAAACCUAUGUCAUCAUUUAAGAACUGCUUGUAGGCUAAUCGGGGUUUGUGUCAAACUCUGUAAGUAAACUGCUUCGUAUAAAAACAUUGAGACACAGUGAAAACAAUAGAAAGAAACCACCAAACUAUUGAUGUUGAUAUCAUUAGCAUAUGAUUAGCAGAUGUGGACAUCUAUAAAAGAAAUGUGAAUAUUUCUGCGUAUCCAGCUAUGAUAUUCCGAUUGGAGAUGGCGUCAACAAUAAAAACUACCAACCUGAUAAUAAUACAUGUAGUUGUGAUAUUAUUAUUAUAUUGUUAUGCAUCGUGGCCUUUUACGUCAAUCUUUAAGUUUUCGGACCAUGACGAACAAAAUAGCCCUAAAAUGAAAAAUGCCCACAUUGUUAAAGAUGAUUGGAUGGAUAUUGCUUCAGGCGAUUCAAAAAUGACUGUAACUGGCAGGGAUAUCAUUAAUGACUCGGCAAGUGAAACCACAAACAGUGAAUUGGGUAUAUCGGAUGAUAGACCAAAGGGUUGUGAGGUGAUGCUUAACAUUGUUACCACUUUCCCUAUUGGUAGCCAUACGAAUGGAUAUGAAGUCCCUAGUCCCCGUCAAAUUGAGUAUUUUACGGCACUUAAAAUCAACAUGAAUCAUCCAUGUGUCGAUCAAAUACAUAUUUUAACAGACUUGACAAAACCAAAAGACGUUUUCAACAUGAUAAAUGAUCAAGGAGUAGCUAAAAGUGAUUUAAGAAAGUACAUCACAGUUUACAGCUUCCAUGAUCAUCCGACUUAUAAAGUCCUGGCAAAAUACGCAGCGGAUAAUCUGAAAGGUACAGUUGUGUUGUUUAUGAACGCUGAUAUAUCUCUAGAUGAAGGCUUCGAAAAUAUCAAGAAAGCAUUCUUGGUUGACCACGGCAUGAAAUAUGCAUAUUCGUUAUCAAGACAUGGGGAACGCGCGCAAAAUGCGACCUGUGAGUUAUGGGAUUACUGCGAACAUUAUCAUGGUUCUCACGAUGCUCAUCUGAUGUAUAUACACGAUAAUUUCUUACCAUUUGAGGCACUGGAAUUAUUAGACUAUCCCAUCGACUCAUGGGGUGCUGAAAAUGUAUUCAUGUAUGUUCUGCUAUCGGUUGGAUAUAAAAUAAGAAAUCCCUGUGUUAUUUUAAAAAUAUACCACAACCACUGUUCCAAAACUCGGUCAGUUGAGAGAGAUCGAGUAAAUAAUGCAUAUUCGGUAGGAGCUGAACCAGUGGACUCUCUCAUAGAACCAGAAUAAGUCUACUCCUCAUUCUAGGAGACAUCGCCAAAAUAUUCAGAAUGUAAAUAUUCAUAAAAUGUUUUGAUGCUGAAAAACCUUGUUCAUACAGUAAACACCUAAUUUAGUGAGCACCAAGCACAUUUAAGUGUUAUUUUGGCAUAAAUGUUAUGCUUGAUUAAAAGUCUAUCAGAACAAAUGCUUCCAUUUAUACCAUAAUCAAAAAUGAAAUUAAAUGUACUUUUCCAAUAAAAACACCAACAAGGUUGCCAUUUUUGCAUUCAAAUAGAUAGAAUCAUAUAUUUUAUUUAUUUAUUUAUUUACUUAUUUGACAGACACCUUAGAAUCGGGGGCAUUAAAUUUUCUUUGACUAAAUUGUCAAAUUUGGCUUGCCCACAGUACACAAAGAUUAUAUUACCUUACAUGAAUAUUUUCCUUCAUAUAUUGAGUAUAAAAUAUGGAGCUUAAUUCUCUUG